AUGGAUCCGCAGAACGAGCCGAAUGUUUUCUCGCCCGUCCCAGGCUCACUCAGCGGCCAAUCUUCACGAUCCAGGAGCAGCACAAAGUUGAACGAUGAUGUAACCAGCCUAACCUCCUUCAAUCCUUUCUCCGAGGAGGACGAACAUGAUCAGUCUUCCUAUAAUCUCGUUUCUUCUAUCUUCUCUAGGAUGAAGAACACUAUAUCCGCUCCCUUAUCGUCCGCAGUGGCGGCAGCAUCCACUACCAGCGUCAACCCCACUAACAAUCCGGCACCGGCGGGUAUUUCAGAACUAAGGCGGCCUUCGUACACCACUAUGCAAACCAGUACAUCUAGCUUCUCUUCGAGGACGACAGCCUCUGAUAGGCCCAAUUCAUUGAUUGCCGUCCCUGGUCAGGCUGCCCCGCCUCUUGUUUCCUUGACCCCAGCCCAAUCAGAGCUGCCUACUUAUGCCAUGGACUACGACCAAUCACCUUCUCGCAAAGGUACCUUUUUCUUUCCAGGAAUGGAACAGGGAGAUAGUGGUACGUCAAUCCCUGGUUUUCCUAUCCAGGACGAUGCUCGUAGUAUCAAGACCACAGCAAGUCUUCAGCGGUCUGGGUCUGUGUCGAAGGUUAUGAGAAGGAUAAGGGGAGAGGGCCUUUCACGAGACUAUUGGAUGGACGAUGAGAAUUGUAAAGAGUGCUAUGACUGUAAAAGUGUAUUCACAACUUGGAGACGCAAACAUCACUGCCGCAUUUGUGGUCAAAUAUUUUGCUCUCGAUGCGCUUCUAACAUAAUCAAGGGUUCACGCUUCGGUCACGAUGGCAUGAUUCGCGUUUGUAACCUUUGUUUGGACAAACUAGCCAAAGUUGACGAGGAUGACGAAGAUGAUCGACGUUCGGUUGUGUCCUCGGUCACCUCAUUUCCCGCUCAUCAGUUCGGGGGUGAUAACCACAAUCAUUCCAAUGUCGGCCUUCAUCCACAAUCUCCGUUCGCUGCGUCACAACUUUUUGGUCGCACCGACGAACCAUUUAAUCUCUACUCGAUUGCGGAGACCAAGAGACCUAUGUACACAUAUGGCUCUGACUGGAGUGGGUCACGCCCUGGCACUCCUAACAUGAUAGAAGGCGAUGAUGGUCGAUGGGAGGCCGUCUCAGAAAAUCCGGCACCCUUUCGUCGCGCUCUUUCUGAAGAGGACAAGGAAAGUGGCCCGCUGUCAGGUUCAUUCAAUCAGGAAGACUCGCCAGCAGCCCCAGGCCGGGAGACGCCCACUGAUCCCCCUGCCACAAAGCCAAUAAUUAUAGAGGGGUCAAUGAGCUCCGUGCAAUUUCCUCUUGGGUCUCCCGAACAUCUGGAUAGUCCUCGACCUCACAGUAAAACCAGACCUUCCGCUAAUUCCUACGGCGAUUAUGAGGUUGCGACUCCUUUCAUUCGAAGUCGAGUGCAGAGUAGACUGGAUAGUAUCGUCAAUGGAGAACCCGGCUGGAGGACACGACGUGAAAGCACCGCUUACGCUCAGGAACUUAAUCUGGCAUCCAUGAUUCAUCUCAAUGUCAUGUUGCGUCAAAUGUUGACAAUUGAACAAAUUCCCAAUAUUGAGGAAUGGGGAGAAACUCUACUUAGGUUGGCCCUUCGCAUCGCCCGAGAAAUGACUUUUACAGCGCUGCCCCAUCGGCAAGGACAAGAUAUGGACGUUCGUCGAUAUGUGAAGAUUAAGAAAAUCCCGGGUGGUCUGCCGAGAGAUUCGGAGUAUGUUAAUGGGGCUGUUAUCACGAAGAACGUGGCGCACAAGCAGAUGUCAAGACUCCAACUCAAUCCUCGUGUUAUGCUUGUCACAUUUCCCCUGGAAUUCUAUCGUGUCGAGGGGCAGUAUAUGCACUUUAAUCAAAUUGUGCGUCAGGAAAAGGAAUAUCUGGGAAAUCUGGCAAGCCGCAUCGCAGCUUUGCGUCCUCACAUCGUACUGGUGGAGAAAUCCGUGUCUAGGCUUGCAUUGGAUGCUCUCGCAAAACAUAACAUCGCCGUUGCGCGGACAGUCAAGCCAUCCGCAGUUCAAACGAUUGCGCGUAUGACCCAGGGUGAUGUCUUUUCCUCGAUGGAUAAGCUGGCCUUGGAGCCUCGACUGGGUCACUGCACCCGCUUCUGCAUUCAAACAUAUGAUCAUCCUUUGAUCCCUGGGCGUCGAAAGACCUAUAUGCGUUUUGAAGGCUGCAAUCGCGACAUGGGAUGCACAAUAAUUUUACGUGGUGGUGACAUUGAAACGCUUCGGCGGAUAAAGAAAGUCACUCGGUUUCUAACAUUCAUCGUACGGAAUUUGAAGUUAGAGACGCAUCUCUGGAAAGACUCGGUCAUCAGUCUUCCAUUAUUCAAUGCGGACGCCAUUCCUUCAUCGACCAACAUCCGUCGUCACCUCAGUGUUUCUCUGAGCUCGAUGCUAAUGCCCCCGCCCUCACUCGCGUCUCGUAUGAAGCCCUUAACUAAUGUAUCAGAAUCCAAUGACUCUGCUCGACUAACUGCAGUGGACAGUGAAGAAAACCUUGAGGUGGAUCUUCCAGAUGAGGAUGCCGAUCAACUGAGGCUUACUCGAAGGAUUGAUCAAUCUCUUGAGCCAUACACGAAGACUUUUAUUUCUGUUUCUGCGACAUUGCGCUUUCCUGCACCAUAUCCGAUACGACGAAUGAAAGAACUCGAUAACGAACUAAUUGCUGCAAAACGUGCUUGGGAAGAUGACGUGAUACGCAAAGAAGAGCGAUUGCAGUCCGAACAUAAGCACGAAGCUGCUCAACAAGAAACGUUCCCUUCAAUCGCUGUUCAAGCUGAAGAUGAUGAAGAUCGAGAGGACAUCAAUGCACAAAUUGAGGCGCUACCCUCCUUGAACCUGCCCACCACCCCGCUUACUGGAGACACAGGCGUAACAGAUGAAACAUCUUAUUUCUCCCCUCCAGCGAAUCUUUCUGGGUUCAAAGGUUUAUUGCAUGGUUCAAGUGUCGCUCACGAAGAGCCUGCGCCUUGCAAAACAUCGAGUGAUAUCUAUCCUGAGAGCAGAUACAGCCUGCUGAAGUGGCAACAUGAGGAACAUCGCCGCAUAUGGGAGUGGUAUCUUCGAAGGAACCGCGAUGACUUUGUUGUGGAAAAGUACCAAUGCAUCAGCCUCUGGGAAUAUAUAAUCCCUGCGGACGAGGAUGGCCCUCAUCGCGCAUGCUUUCCCCCGCGACUGAAUUAUAUCAAAUUCUACGGGGAGAAUGAUAUGACUCUUGGUCAGUUCAUCGAAAAGUCCGUCAACGACACUCUCGUUCAGUUCUGGGAUCCAAAGGCGUUCUGCGACGGCAAAGGAUGCGAUCAACCCCUAGCUCGCCACCGCAAAGUGUACGUUCACAACGAAACUCAGCUUUUCGUGGCUGUUGAACAAUGGGACGGGCAGAUAAAGGCAAAGUCAGCAUAUCAUCCUGCUCCGGAUCUGAUCACGACUUGGAGUGCUUGUCGUGUUUGUGGCUCAGCCACGCCGUUCAUUCCAGUUUCGGAAGAGAUGCAACGAUAUUCAUUCGCGAAAUUCUUGGAGUUGCAUUUUUACCCAGCAGACGUAAAGCUCGUUCAAGGAGCAGGCUGCCAACAUAACAUCUACCAGCACCAUAUCCGCUAUUUCGCUGCUAAAGGCAUGACGGUUCGCUUCCAAGCCGAUCCCGUAGUCUUGCAUGAGAUAGUUUACCCUCCUUUCCGCAUACGAGUCCGCCCAGAAACCCAGUUAGACAUCAAGAAUAAUGACUUUGAUCGUCUGCAUCAGCGCAAUUUGAUGUGGUACACAGGCCUCAUUGACGAUUUGAAGUUAAUCAGCAUAGAUGCGGCGACUGGAGAUGAGGAAGCUGAUGCUCGUUUGCUCGCCGACAUCAAUAUCCUGAUCACACGAGCAGAGACAGAAAGGGAGGAUAUUACUAGGCUUAUAAACACAAUUUACAGAGAGUCGCUUCCUACAGAUACCCUUGCUCUCAAUCAAGUCCACGCUUAUCGACAAGACAAGAUCGUUGCGUGGCAGCAAGAUUUUGACCGAUUGCCAAAGCCCCGUGCCAUUGAUCGAAACAGUAAGCGGGCGUCAGCGUUCAAUUCCGUUCGCGCAAUUUGGCCAAGAAGAUAUGACCUUGCUGGCGCCUUCGAUUAUCCCCAUCUUCCAUCUUCGAGCGUAUCUGAGGCCGAAGAAGAGUCCACCAAAACGAAGAGGGUGGUUGGUGAUCCCUUCAUUUCUUCAGCUUCUUCAGCCUCUGAGUCAGAAACAAACGAACCCGCCACGGAAUCUGUUCCUUCUACUUCCCAGUUAGCUCCCUCUGCUGAUCUACAGGACAACACGCAGGAAUCAGAUCCUGACAGUGACUCCACGAUUGGAGCAAUUCGAGAAGAGCCGUUGUUGUCAGAAGCCCCAGAAAUUCCAGGUAACCAAUCCGACCAAGUGGACGUUGACAAGGACGGGUCUCCAAUUUCUCGAGUCUCGCGGUUGCCACGGCGAUCUACUCAAAACCCAUCUGUGGCAGAAUUGGUGAAAAAGUACCAGGAUUUUUUACCUCCACAAGGCGUCCAUGAUCUUGCAAAAACUGCCCUCGCACAACGUUCCGCCAUGUCCGAGAGUGAACAAGAAUAUUCAGCACCAGUUCAGCGCCGAACGAAUACCAUACGCACCAAGAGUCGGCAUCAAUUGCCUACCAAGAAGGCAUCAACCUCCGACUUUGAGCAGGGUUAUGCAGCAAACAUAGCGCCAAGAUAUCUUACACACUCUCGGAGAGCGCAAACAGCCCAGAACGGUAGUCGUAUUCCUGGCCCUGUAGGGUCUGCUUUCGAAUCCCGCGAAUCAUCUCGACGAGGAUCUCCUGAAAAACGCCCAACUAAUGGCAAACGCGCUGAAGUCAGGUUUAGUCGGCCAACAUCUCCAUCCAGGUCGAAGGCGCAAACUCCACUUGGAAAGCCCAGUAAAGCUCGCGUUCCUAGCCGUCUAAAGGAUAAGCUUCCCACAAGGCCCCCUUCAUCCAUUGCCAGCAAGUCAACUCUGCGCCGACCACCAAGUGGGCCUGGGACAAAAGUGUCAAAUAUUGCGAAGCACUUUGAACGUCUCGGUCGAGACGCGGAGCGCACAAAAAGCCGGUAUGCUGUAAUUCGAGGAAAGCGUGCUCGACCCGUGGCCUCUGCUCGAGCAAAGGUUGAGGUGUUUGACAGCGUCAAGGACGCCAUCAAGGACGAAUCUGAGAGCUCAGACUCCUUAAGUGACGCUGACGACGAAGGUGACGGAAAUGAGGAAGCAAGAUCGCCUGAACCGCUUACCUUGCAGUCAUCACCUGACUCCAAUCCCGCCUCUCCCGAAAUAAAGACGGCACCGCCCUUGGUAUCGUCUCCUUCGAAUGACGCUGAGCCUACUACCGGAACGGAUGCCGCAACGAAACUACAGCCACCUCCUGACCCAGUUUCAUUACCACCUUCUCCAUUUCUUUCCUCUGGAAAGCCAAAGCAGGAGGUGGCGUUGACUCCUCCAACGUCGGAUAUAGAACUUGGUCCAGAAAGGAGUUCAAUCUUAAAGGCAUUGUCUGGCUUGUGGCUUCAACCGAUUCGUAAUUCUUUGGAGGCUGACGAUCCCAUGAGCGACCCAGAACACAUUUUCCGGGAUUCGUCGAUGGUUGUACGAAUUGAUGAGCCAACGUCGAUCAUUGCUCUGGCGCUGAAUUCCCCUCAAUACCGGGAAAUGCUUGCCAAAUCCCGUGCCGAAAAGAGGACGGCUAGAGAGGCAAAACUCACAGAAGGUGGCGAAGCUUUUAUGCCUGAUGAUCAUUCCGUCGCAGAAUCCACUUCAACGUGGGGUGUUGUCAAUGUUGAUCCCUCUGAAUUUCCCGAUCCAACGGAGGACCUGAAAGUGGCAUCGUCAAAACUCCCUUGGGCCAUUUCAUUUGAGAGUGGUGGGCUAACUAUCAGCUGCACAGUCCUUUACCCCGAGCAGUUCGAUGCUCUCAGGAGAACUUACGACUGCGAAAAAAGCAUUGUCGAAUCCCUGUCGAGAUGCGUUCAAUGGAACGCGAGUGGCGGCAAAUCAGGAUCCGCGUUUUUGAAAACUCGAGAUGAUCGUUUCAUUGCCAAAGAGCUUUCAAAACCUGAGCUGCAAACCAUGGAAACUUUUGCGCCAGCUUACUUUGACUAUAUGUCAUCGGCAGUUUCAGCCAAUCGGCCCACUCUACUCGCCAAAGUUUUUGGAUGCUACAAGCUGACAUUCAGAAAAACGGGGAAAGACAAAGGUCCUGGGAAGUCCAAGUCUACUCAAAUGAACCUGCUUGUCAUGGAAAACCUCUUCUAUGACAGACGUUUCACAAAGAUCUACGAUUUGAAGGGUUCUACGCGAAACCGUCACGUUCAAUCAACAGGCAGGGAGAAUGAAGUUCUCUUGGACGAGAAUCUAGUUGAAACGGCUCACCUGAAUCCUUUCUAUCUUCGUGAACACUCUAAGCGAAUUCUUCGAGGCGCUCUGUAUAACGACAGCCAGUUCCUGUCAGACAUAAAUGUCAUGGAUUACUCGCUAAUCUGUGGGGUUGAUAGCCAGAAUAACGAACUGGUUAUUGGCAUUGUUGAUUACAUCCGCACAUACACCUGGGACAAGAAGUUGGAGAGUUGGGUGAAAGAGUCAGCCUUUCUUGGAGGGGCAGCGCGAGGAGAGCCAACGAUUGUGACUCCCAAACAAUACCGGCAACGAUUUGUGAGCGCUAUGGAGCGCUAUUUCCCUUUGAUUCCUGACCGAUGGAUGAAGCUGCCAGACACACCAGAAGAAGAUGGGAACGUUCUCUCAGAGCUGAGGCCGGCCUGGUAG